AAAAAAUGAAACAGAGUAAUGCUAAACCUUGAUACCUAUUUGUACCUGUUUUCAAAUCUUAUCGCUCUGUAUUUUGCGAUAAUAGGUUCUUGUGUACAUGUGCUUUAAUUGAUAAGCGCUUUGGACUCUCCAUUAAAUAUGAAUUGCCUGCUGAUAUUGUUUAAACUUGAAAAGAGUUAGUAUUGUUAACCAUUCAGUGGUGGUAAAGCGCUAACGAUCAGCCGACCGACACGACGACGCGACGGAGAAAAAAACCUCUUUCAACUCGCUUUUAUCUACAUCUGUUAGGAACUUGAAAAUAUAUGUUUGGGGUUUUAUUUACGUUCGUGUGUAACAUAUUUAUGUAUAUUAUAUUAAUAUAUAUUUUCUGUUUUUAAUCGUGCAAAAUAUUAAAUUUAUUUUUUAAUGAAUCAACGGUAGAGCAGUGACGUAGUCCGAACAAUCGGACUAAACCAACAUCGUGUGAAGUGUAAUCGGUUGUCAAAAAUGUAUUAAUGGCUAAGAAUUGUGUGUUGGAAAUUUGUUAAUAAAAAGAAAUUAUAAAUAGUCAGAAUAGUGCCAUUUUAAUCACAAUGAGUGAUAAUUCUAUGCUGGAAGUUCGACGCCAUCGUCGGAGUAUUUCUCAAUUAAUGGCUAGCAUGGAAUACUCAAGGAACAUCGACACCGGAACGUCGAACCCAGCAAUGGUAAAUGACGAUGGAACUGUAGAUCAGCUGCGGGCUAAUAGUAUUGACCCGCAAGAAGACAACGUCGAAGAUAAAGACGAUGAUGAUGAUGAUGAAACUAAAAGCUCAGGUUGUCUUCCUGAGUUUCAAUUCUCUAUGAUUGACUCAGAAUAUGAUGAAACGCUGGCAUUUCCUGAUUCUGUAACCAUUCUGUCAAAUGUCGGCGACAAACCAGUUCUAGUUGAACGCAAGGAAAUGGACGACGAAGAAGCGGAUGGGCCAGAAAUUAUUUCUGAAAUUCCAUUUUUAUCUCUGUAUGGCCAAAGCAUUAAAUUCAAUUCAUUUCAAAGAAAAAUAUUCAUACCUGGUGUUGAAGUUAAAGUACAGAUUGUCGACACUGAACGAAGUGUUACAACACACUUUUUGAGUCCAAAUUUAUACACCAUUGAGCUCACACACGGUCCGUUUACAUGGACAAUUAAAAAACGCUACAAACACUUUAAUAGUCUUCAUCAGCAGCUUAUGGUAUUUCGGGCUUCACUCAAUAUUCCAUUUCCCAUAAGAAGCCAUAAAGAGAAAAGGGCAACAAUGCGAACUGUAGCAAUACAAAUGGAUGAGCAAUCAAGCCAAAAUACGGAAAGCAAAAGUACAGACGAAGCAAUAAGUGGAGCGACCAAUCAGGAAAUUGUACCAACAACAACAGUUGUAAAAAAAAAUAAGAAAAAACGUAAGCUGCCCCGAUUUCCAAAUCGUCCAGAAUCUUUGGUUACCGCUGAGUCUAUGGAAACCAGAAAACAACAACUAGAAGAAUAUUUAUCAAACUUACUCAACAUAAGUCUAUAUAGAUGCCACCAUGAAACACUCAAUUUUGUGGAAGUUUCAAAUGUUUCAUUUGUUUCUGGACUGGGAAUCAAGGGAAAGGAGGGAGAAAUUCUAAAGCGAACAGGUUCAACCCGUCCAGGUCAGGCGGGUUGCGAUUGUUUUGGUUGUUUCCAGCACAAAUGCUGUAUACGAUGCAAUUAUUUUUGUUCCGAUGUUCUUUGCGGCAAGUGGCGAAAACGAUGGUUCUUCGUCAAAGAAACAUAUUUUGGUUAUCUUCGACCAAGUGAUGGUGAAAUCAGAGCUGUGAUAUUAUUUGAUCAAGGAUUUGAUGUGUCAACUGGCAUUUAUCAAACAGGCAUGCGUAGAGGUCUACAAAUUUUAACAAACAAUCGACACAUUGUUUUAAAAUGCUGGACGAGAAGAAAAACGAAAGACUGGUUAACAUUUCUAAAACAAACUGCCAAUCAAUAUGCGAGAGAUUUUACCUGUCCUAAUCCUCAUUUUUCUUAUGCACCUGUUCGAAAUUCGACACAAGCUAGUUGGUUUGUAGAUGGUUCGAGUUACAUGAGUGCUGUGGCAGACGCCUUGGAAGGAGCAACCACAGAAAUUUAUAUAGCUGAUUGGUGGCUGAGUCCUGAAAUUUAUAUGAAGCGUCCAGCAAUUGAUGGUGAUUAUUGGAGAUUAGAUAAAAUAUUACACAGAAAAGCGACUGAAGGCGUCAAAGUGUUUGUGUUACUUUAUAAGGAAGUGGAAAUGGCACUAGGUAUCAACAGCUUUUACAGUAAACAGAGGCUUAAUUCGCAUGAAAACAUAAAGGUUAUGCGUCAUCCAGAUCAUGCUCGUGUGGGCGUCUUUUUAUGGGCACAUCAUGAGAAAAUAGUUGUUGUGGAUCAAACUUAUGCUUUCCUAGGUGGCAUAGAUCUCUGUUAUGGUCGCUGGGAUGAUUUUCGACACCGAUUAACUGAUUUGGGUAGCAUUUCCAAAUCAAGUGUUUCCGGAAGCCUUCCGAAAAAGUCAUUUUUCAACGACGAUGACUCAGCUUUUGGAUCCAGGAAAUCAUCUCGCAAUGUCAACAUCGAUAUGCAGGAACAUGAAAAAGAUAUUGUCCUACGAGUUUUAUCUCCAACUCCCAGUGAUAAAGUAGUAGUCAAAGAGUAUGCAAUGGCGGGUGAACCCUUGGAAGAAACUUUAAAACUGAACACCCCAGAACUUGAACGAAAAAAUGUGUUGGGGAAAUUUAAAGAAAGUGCUGUUAAAAAAGGGAAGGAAUUUGUGAACCGUCUGACUCUUACCGAUGGAGUUCAAAAGGAUUUAUCAGAGGGAGAGAAAGUUCCCGACUCAAAAGAUUUGACAUUUUCCGCUGCCGAGUUGGAUGAAGGAGAAAAAGGUAAUUUUGAAGACUAUACACCGUUUCAGACACAAAUUCUUGGACAGUAUUAUGGCAAUGCAAAGUUCUGGUUUGGCAAGGACUAUGCAAAUUUUAUUAUGAAAGAUUUUGUUAACCUGGAUGCACCGUUUGUGGAUUUGGUUGAUCGAACUACAACCCCAAGGAUGCCAUGGCAUGACGUAGGUAUAAUGGUUACCGAAAGUUCUGCUAGAGAUGUGGCAAGACAUUUUAUUCAGCGAUGGAAUGCUCAGAAAUUAGAGAAAGUUCGUGAGAAUAAUACAUUCCCAUACCUGAUACCAAUGUCUUACUCAUCCUUUAAAGUAAACCCAAGUAUUAUUAAGUCUAAACCUAACACAGUUACCUGCCAGCUUUUAAGAAGUGUGUCUUCAUGGAGUUGUGGAUUUAUCGAGCCUGAUCUUGUCGAACAGAGCAUUCAUGACGCCUACAUUCAAACUAUUACAAAAGCGCAACACUAUAUUUACAUAGAGAAUCAGUUUUUCAUAUCAUUACAACUUGGGGUUAGUGGAGCCUCUAAUAACAAUAUUCGAAACCAGAUCAGUGAAACAUUAUUUAAAAGAAUAGUUCGAGCUCAUAAGGAGCAGAAAACCUUUCGAGUAAUUGUUGUUAUACCUUUAUUGCCCGGUUUCGAAGGUGAUGUUGGAGGCAGCACAGGGAUUGCUGUUAGAGCCUUAACUCACUGGAAUUAUGCUUCCAUUUCAAGGGGAAGAGCUUCAAUUCUGACUCGACUAAAGGAAGUCGGAGUUGAUAAUCCCCAUGAGUACAUAUCGUUCCACAGCCUUCGAACGCACUCUGAACUUAAUAACAUUCCUAUUACUGAACUCAUUUAUGUACAUUCUAAACUGUUAAUAGCAGAUGAUCGUGUAGUGAUUUGUGGAUCAGCUAAUAUCAACGAUAGGUCAAUGAUUGGCAAAAGAGAUUCUGAAAUUGCAGCUAUAAUCACCGACAACGAGUUUGAAGAUGGUCGGAUGAAUGGGGAACAACUACCCAGUGGUAUUUUUGCAGGACGUUUAAGAAAAUAUCUUUUCAAAGAACACUUAGGAUUAUUAGAGCCUGAUCCUAAUGGUCCUCGUAUUGAUGUAACCGAUCCCGUUAUAGAUCAAUUCUAUAAUGGCAUAUGGAGAAGAACUUCCAAACGAAACACGGAUACAUACGAUGAAGUUUUCAAAUGUGUGCCAAAUAAUUUAGUGAAAUCGUUUUCAAGUUUUAGAAAAUACAAUGAACAACCACCUAUGUCCAAAACAGACCCAGAAAUGGCAGCUAAUAUGGUCAAAAAUAUUCAGGGUUUUCUGGUUGAUCUUCCAACUGAUUUUCUAUCUCAAGAAGUUCUCACUCCUCCAAAUGCAAGCAAGGAAGGAAUAGUACCAACUGCGGUAUGGACGUAGACCAAAAAACGGGUUGAGAGAAUGGUUGUUUUUUUUUUUUUAGAAAAACUGUGUUUUGCUUUAGGGUGUGUUUGUACUAAGAUUACAUUUUUUAUUCCAGUAUAAGAUUGUAUGCAAUAACGUUCUUAAUAUAUUGUAUUCGUUUUUUUCUCUCGGUGAUAUUUAUGUUUUGUAAGAUAUAAUUUUUGUUAGUAAAAAGAUGUUGGGAUGUUUUAAGUUUAA